AUGGCCUGCUCGCACUGUAUCUGGAUUGCUCUCAUUCUUCUCUCGGUGAUGACAAGUGACACUGGAGUAUAUGGUCGCGCAGUGGAUGCGCUGGGAUUUGCGUCGCAGUCGUCGAGGAGCGCAGCGGAAUCCUCCGGAGCAAGUUUACGCACGGAGGAGGAGGAGGCGCACCGGGAGCGCUGCGCAGAGCUGGCGGCGCCGUGGCUGGAAAACACACAAGCACCCGGGGAGAACGCGACAAUGUUGCAAUUCCGUGGUCGACCCCUUUCCCCGGGAGCCUCGCAAGGCCUGGUGUUCCCGGGGAAAUCUCUUUUCAACUUUGUCCGACGGGUUUACCAAUGCUGUCACGGGGGACUAACCUGCAGACGCGUCAAAGGGAUUCAAGGUCGUUUGAGAGGAGAUAGAGAUGUGGAGUUUCUCCUCAACAGGGAGAUUCUGUCACUGACAGUAACGAGAGCCGAGCUUCACCUUCAACUUUCCAACCCGCAGCACCUGGACAUCCACCCGGUGCUUCCAUCCAUGGCAAAGCGAAGCCUUCCAACAAGGUACAGUGUGUGGUCAGGGGGCAGCAGGCUGGAGCUCAGAGUGGAUCUGCUGUUCCUCUUCCGGAGUCUGCAGGAGGCGGCAGGUGGUGCCGGAGGAGGGGGUCCCAGUUUGGUGAACAUGCGGCGGGUGGCGUUUUCUUCCAGGGGGGAUCCACUAAGAGAAGACCCAGCUCCUCACACUCUGCAUGACGCCAACGGCCACGCGUGGGGGGAUGUGCUCGCCAGCGGGCUGCCUGCUCUGGAGCUGGUGCUGGGCUGCAGUCAGGCCGGAGCAGAGGUGUCCUGCGAGACUGGCGGAGUUCAUCUCUCACACACACCUUUCAUGGCUCUGUACUACAGAUGAAGCCACGUUGAGACUGGGACUGCAUGGAAACUGCUUUAUCUGUUACCUCUGAAAAGAGGCACAAGGAAAUACUGCACUU